AUGUCUUCGACGCCAUUAUUCGGCGUUCUGGGGGAAUUUGAUCCGUCUACCGAGUUGUUUACUGCAUAUUCGGAGAGAUUAGAGCAAUAUUUUAUCGCUAAUUCUAUCGAGCAAUGUCCUGCUGAUGCUGCACAAGUAGUACAUGCGGCUACAGUCAAGAAAAAAAUUGCGGUAUUUAUUUCAGUUAUUGGAAAGAAAUCUUACGCAACCCUUCGUGAUUUGUGCAGUCCUGAUUCACCGAAAGAUAAAAGUUUUUCUGAGCUUUGUGAAAUGUUACGUACUCAUUACAAACCGAAACGUUUGGUUGUAGCUGAAACUUAUAGAUUUCAUCGGUGUAUUCAAGAAGAAAAUGAAAAUGUUUCUGAUUACAGUGCACGUUUGCGACAUUAUGCUUCCACUUGUGACUUUGGUCAGUUCUUAAACCGUUCUCUGCGUGAUCAAUUUAUAUGCGGAAUUCGUAAUUCAGCUACUCGGAAAAAGUUACUAAAUGAAGACCGUACUUUUCAAGAUGUGUUAAAAGUGGCCAUAGCUGAUGAAGUUGCUAGAAGGAGACUUUAG